AAAUAACGAAGGGCAAAGUCAACCUCGAGGGAAUUUGAACUCGGGACGCAUAUUUAUCCGGGGUGUUAAUGAUUCUGCCAGCUCGCCACCUUUAUAAUCAAUAAGUAAAUAAAUAAAUUAAAUUAAAACAAAAGACGGUUAUAGUGAAGUUGAGCAAAUUUUUUUUGUCCCCUUAAAAUCUCUUUGAAGCAAAGACUUCACCAGGUGGUGCUAAGUUAUAUAGGUUACCCAAAACAUUAAUGGGUUUAUGGCCAAUAAUUACAAGUCCGAGAUGUUUCUUUUCUCGAAUCAUCUAAUAUCAACAGUGAGGUGCGGGGACGUGAAUGAUGAUAAACAUUUAAUUCGUCAGCGAUCUGGUUUUCUUAACGUCCCCAGUGUUUCGAACUGAAAAAAAAAAAAAAAAAAAAAAAAAAAAAAAAACUUCUAGAUCGACACAACUACACACAAGGUAACUGAAUCAAUUGUAGUAAUCUCGCAUGAGAUUUCUAACUCGAAUCCAAGAACAAAGUGUUAAUUUUAACUUUCAUGGAAACUCUGACUGGUUCCAGAAUCUGCAAAUAUUCAUUUUGAUGCGGGAUCGUGGAUAAAAAUGUUUUCCGAAGAGGAGGAAAGUAUGGGGGAACUAUUGAUAGAGAAUCCCACACCUCGUAGGACAGGAAGAGGUCCAGUCCCAGUGUGUGGUUCGUUGGGCAAGUGUCUUCUACUAUAGCCCCAAGUUGACCAAAGCCUUAUGAGUGGAUUUAGUCAAAAGAAAUGAAAAGAAACCCAUCAUAUAUAUAUAUAAUACCGUUUGGAAAUUGGCGUUGAUUCAGAGUCAGUGAUCAGCUCUGACGAAGCCGUGAAAUAUCACAGUUGGCUUUUCUUUUACUCCAAGAUGCCUUCCAUCAAAACCAUUGUGGAACCCCUCCUAUUUUUGUACAUGUUCACACAAUUUAUGAACGCAACAGUAUUUCAAAAUUUACUUUACAGCCGAAUAUGUUUACAAAAUUUCAAUGCAUCUAUAUGUUCCGUCCUGUCCAAUGGGUCAUUUGUUUCAGAAGAAAACUAUGUACAAGGACAAACUUCAAAAUGGAUUUUAUACUGCAACAUUGUACUUCUAAUUCCUUCUACAUUUGUUAGUUUCUUUUUUGGUCCAUUUAGUGAUAAAGUCAGUCGCAAAAUUGUUAUCAUUCUUCCUAUUAUAGGAAAUGUAUUGUUGUUUUGUGUGUGUGCAUUAGUUUCUUACUUCGAAAAUACACCCUUAGGGUAUAUUCUUUUGGGUUAUUUUCUCUCUGGGAUUUUGGGAGGCUACAUUGGGAUGCUGAUGGCUAUUUUAAGUUAUGCCACUCAUGUCACAGAUGUUAAAUUCCGUACUAUUCGCAUUGGAAUUGUUGAGUCGAUGAUAUUUUUCGCUGGAACCAUAGGUGUAUUUCUGUCUGGUAUCCUUUUAAAAUAUAUUGGUUUUGUUUGGGUCUAUGUACUAAUGGCUGGCUGUUGUAUUGUUGCUAUAAUUUAUUGCAUCAUUAUCAUCGAAGAUAUAAACACUAGUGGAGAAUCCGUGUACAAAAAUUUGUUAACAAUUUUCAAAAUUCAACACCUUAAGGAUUUAAUAUCAUUUAUCACUAAACCACGGAACUCAGAUGUACGUAUUGUUUUGUUCCUGUCAAUUACUGUUAUUGGAGUUAUGAUGUUCUUGAUAAUGGGUGAAAUGGACAUCAAUCUGUUGUAUCUGCGGCACUCACCAAUCUCAGCAACUAUAAUUGAAGUCGGAUAUUUUGUGGCAAUUGAGAGUGCUGUUCGAGGAGUAUCUUUGGUAGUUUUGCUCCCAUUGUUAAAGAAAUUCUUGAACCCAAAUGACUUCUUCUUAUGUAUUGCUGGUUUGAUUUCAAGAGCAGCUGCUUCUAUUACAUUGUCAUUAAUUCGAGUCAAACGCCUUAUAUAUUUUGUUCCAUUUAUUAGCCUUUUCCUGGGAUUUUCCUCUGUAGCAAUGCGAGGAGUAUGUUCGUCUUUUGUACUAAAAGAAGAGCAAGGGAAACUAUUUACCAUUAUAUCUUGUCUACAAAAUAUCACGUCUUUGAUUGCUUCUCUAAGUUUUAAUGAAAUAUACAGUGCUACAGUUGCAAUCGACCCAGGAAUUUGCUACUACGGGUCUGCUGGAAUAAGUAUCUUGCUGGUUUGCCUUACUUUGUUUUUGUGGACACGGCAUAGAAGAAUAAAGAGCUACACAAUACUUCAAGAAACUGAUGUCCCUGCCCAUGGGGAAACAUAACCAGUCUAUGUUUAAUUUUCAUGAUUUUCAAAAGUGGUGUGAGAUGAAAGAGCCUGGAGUUAUACUGAUUUGUUACUCAUACACACAAUCUUAUAUUAUAAAAGAGCCGAUCUCUGUCUGUCCAUCUAUCACAACAUCUAUUAGAGGGAGGGAAGAAGGGGAGAAGAAAAAGCCGUUGAGAGAGAAGUACAGUGAGAGAGAGAGAGAGAGAGAGAGAGAGUGUGUGUGAAUGAUAGAUAGUUAGAUAGGGAGUGUUAUCACCAUAUUAACAAGUUUUAAUUAAAAAUCUGGAAAUUUUGAGUGCAAGUCUGUCAACACAAUGCAACAGACUUCAGAAAAAUAACUAUAUUUAGUUAUUUUCUUGGUUGGUCGUGUGUGUGUAUGUGUAUUUAUGUAUGUCUUUCAACAUAUAGACAAUGCAACAGAUUUUUCACGAUAAUGAUAGGUUGUUGUUGAGAGAGAGAAAUAGUGUGUGUGUGAAAGGUAGUAUUAAAAUUUAAUUCAAAGCAAAAAAAAAAAAAGCAGGUUGUUGAGCAUUCCAAUGUGAUCAUUGCAGCAGGCUUCUGUUGAAGGUAGCAAAGUGACAAAUAACAACUAAACUGUAUAUAAUAGUGUGGUUGGAAAAAGUGAGUCUGUCAUUAAAUUUCGAACAAUUUUCUUUAAAAACUGUUUUUCUUUUUCUGAAACCAGCCUUAUUUAGCUUUGGAAACAUAACCGGUGCAAAAAUUUCUCAUUAUUUUUAUAUAAUUGUAUAGUGCUGUAUAUAGAACAUGGCAUAUAACCAAUGCUUAGAAUUAUAUGUGAUUUUUCAUAUUUAUCUAUUGAUAUUCCAAGCAAUAAAUAAACAAGAGUGGCAAUAGGUUUUUACAUUUCUUCAGUACAUUCUUAUACAUAUUUCACUAAAAUGAAAAUGUCCAUUAUUAAAUGUAUUAUCUUACAAUCAGAUUACAUCAUGCAGUCAUCAGAGUUUAUGUAACAAAUGAAAAAUUGGCCUUAAUACUUUAUAACAGCUCACCUGAUACGUGAUUUCAUCAGAAUCUUUUAUGUCUAGGAUCAGAAGGGACAUAACACAAUAACAUUGAAUGGUUAAUUACUGAAAUCAAUAUAACUUAUAACCUAUUAUUGUCAUCAUCAUCAUCAUUUUAAUGACCAUGUUUCCAUGCUUGCUUGGAUCACAUGGAGUUCUCAGGUUGAAUUUUUUAUGGGCAAAUGCCCUUCUUGUCACCAACUCUCACUUGAAUUCAUCAAAGUAAACCCUCUCUCUCUCUCACUAUAUCUCUCUCUCAUAUAUAUAUAUAUAUAUAUAUAUAUAUAUAUAUAUAUAUAUAUAUAUAUAUAUAUAUAUAUAUAUAUAUAUAUAUAUAUAUAUUCUGCUUAAUUGUAUAUAGUUUUGGUGUUAGAAAUUUUACGGUAAAAGAUUUUGAUUAUAUUACACUUGUAAUAAUAAAAAAAAAUAAUAAAGCAGUAUAUUUUAUGUA